GAAACUGAACUCACACACUGUUUUCUCCCUGUGUGUGAUCGUGGCUGUGAGAAAUGGCGGAAUCUUCGACCCAAAGAGAGGAUUCUUUCACUUGUUCAGUUUGUCUGGAUCUUAUAAAGGAUCCAGUUGCCGUUCCAUGUGGACACACUUAUUGUCUGGGCUGUAUUAAAGGUUGCUGGGAUCAGGAAGAUGGUAAAGGCAUCUACAGCUGCCCCCAGUGCAGACAGACAUUUAGACCAAGACCUGUUCUCAGUAGAAACAUUCUGAUUGCUGAAAUGGUGGAGGAAUUUAGGAAGACCAGAAUCCAAGCUGAUGUUCCUGUUUCAUGUCCUGCUGGACCUGGAGAUGUGGAGUGUGACGUCUGCACUGGGAGAAAAUUCAAAGCUGUGAAGUCCUGUCUGGAUUGUCUGUUGUCUUAUUGUGAAACUCACUUUGGAGUUCACAAUGAUGUCAACCCCGGAAGAAAACACUCAGUGAUUGAUGCCACAGGCCAGCUACAGGACAGGAUCUGCUCUCAUCAUAAGAAGGUUUUUGAAAUAUUUUGUCGAACGGAUCAGAGUUGUAUCUGCUAUCUGUGCACGAUGGACGAACAUAAAGGCCAUGACACAGUCACUGCUGCAGCAGAACGGACAGACAAACAGGUCAGUACUGGAGCUACAUGUGUGUCCAACAUUUCUAUGAGGGCUCUUAUACGUACUAACUGUGAAUGUAAUACUAUAACUACAAGAACACGGUCAAACCAGUCUUCAAGUCUGGCCGUUUCUGCAAUGACUUUGCACAUUAGAGAAAGGGAGGAAGAAUCAGGAAAUGUUUAUCAGGUGCAAGGUCCGGUGUUAAGUAAAGAGAGUGAAACAUUAGAUUAGAUUGCUGAUCUAUGGCGUGAGCACUACAGUAAACUAUUUAAUUGUGUUAAAAGUAACACCGUUAGAAUUGAUAAUGAAUAUAAAGGUCUCUCUGCAGACAUGAUAGUUAGAUCAGUAGAGAUUUAUGAUUCCAUCCACAUGCUAGACAACAGCAAAGCUUGUGGUAUGGAUUGUAUUUCUGCAGAGCAUCUAAAAAAUGCCAGUUAUAGACUCAGUCCAUUACUAGCCAUGUGUCUUAUUGGAAUUAUGGUUCAUGGUGUUCUACCGAACUCUUAUUAUGUCAGUACUGUUAGUGCCUGUUCUUAAAGAUAAGGCUGGUAAACUGAACAGCAUAGACAACUAUCGAUCCAUUGCAUUAGCCAGUAUCUUGUCUAAAGUGUUUGAGAGAAUUCUAUUAAUGAAAUUGGAAAUGUAUGUUCUGACUGCUGACAAUCAGUUUGGGUUUAAAAGAAAACAUGGUAC